AAUAGGUUCCACGCACAUGUAUCAAUAUAGUAGGCUGUGAAAAGUUUUAGUGAAUGGAUUUUUAAAUUCCAGUAGAACCAUUCGGCUGGAAUAAACAAACAUACAUACUAUACUUAUAGAAGCCAAAUAAAUCACUCUAGUUGAAAUUCUGCAUUUGCCGUUAGUUUUAUUGUAGUUUGCCUAUUUAUUUACUUGGCGCAAUUUUCGUGCUGGAAAUGUAAUCACGCCGAUGUGCUCUAAGGACAAGUGCCAGUGACCUAGAUAUUUUGGGAGCUCUGCGCCUGAGACUCCGACACGAAACAAGAACAACACCACCGCCGCCGUAUCUCUGGCUCGAGCCUUAAUCCUCUUACCGACCGAGCGGUGUGCACAACCACACACAAAGUAAAGGUCACAAACCGCGCGAGGCAAGACCUUUUUGGUGGGUGGUAACCGCGCUAAUCGAGCUUAGUGUGCCAAACACAUGUGCGUGUGUGUGUGUGACCAGGACUGGACAUGCGUAACAACAGUGGCUACAGCCAGGCCAGCAACAGUCUGAACAACAACAACAACAGCAGCAACGGCAACUGUGCCCCCCUACAGAGCCCAGGAUCACCUGGGGCCCGGUGCUACUCCAAUGUGGACAAUACAACGCUUUAUUACUGCAAUUACAACAACUGCAACCUGAUCGGCCCCGUGGCCCCGUGGAACCGGAGUCAAAAUCAAAAUCAGAACCAUCCGAACCUUCAGCAACCGUCAAAGCGAAUUCCCACCAAGCCAGCCAGCAGGUUGCACUACCAACAGUCGGCGGCCAAUUCGGCGCCAGACUCUUCGCUCUACGCAGAUGCCUUUGACCAGCCAUCGCUGAUUAACCAGCGGAUGAUAGCUGGGAACAACAAGAGCUGCGAGUACGUCUACCACAAGCAUCAUCGGCGAGCAGAGGAGCAGCCGCAUCAACAGCAGUACAAACUACUGCGUCCCUAUGUCACUGCCGACAAGGAGCAGCAGCGCCAAUCUGUCGUUUACUUCGAUCCGGAGCUUAAGAAACGGAAAGCCCGCUUGCCCGAAUAUACGGACAAUAGUCCGGAUCGAUAUCGCGGCUUGAAUUGCGCCUCACCAGAGCCGACAUGGGAUGCCAUACUCAGUUCCGAACGUCCAACACAAUAUCACACGCACUAUCAGCACUACUUCUCCUACUUUUACAACCGUGGAGGAGGCGAGAAGGAAAUUCUGUCCAAAUCCUCAUUUGCCUCCAAUAGUAGCCGCAAACUGCCAAUGAGUAAAUUUCAUAAGUCAGUCUCUGUCGUCGUCAGUCCUCGUGGAGAUGCGACCACCGAUGACACUAUCAAUAAUCGCCGGGAGACCUCCGAAGAACGUAACUGGCCAAAUCUGAAGUAUGAAAAACAUGUGCUUAAGGAAAAGCUGCCGAACAAUGGCUUGGACACAGAUUACACUGCAGACAAUGGAUGGGUAGAGGCGGAGGACGAUGGCGAAAAUUACCGGGAAACCAAAGUCUAUGACACAUCUGUGGUAAUUAAUGGAUUCGAACAGCUACAUCGGCGCUAUUGCCGAAUAUCCGAGAACACGGCCAUCGAGGAUACUGGCGAUGGUUUACUCAAUAACAAUAAUAAUGAAUUGAAAUAUACACGCAAAUCGGUGGUGGACCAGCCGACGCCACGGCUGCCGAUGACGCCAAAGAGGGCCAAAGGCGGAGCAACUGUGUCCGUCAAGAAGCCCAUACCCACUGUCCACCGGGUUCUGCUUUAUAGCACGCAAAGUCCAAGGAUGGGACGCAAACAGCAGCUAGCCAACCAGCGCAGUCUCAGUCUGAAGCAAGGCAACAAGUCUCAGGGCGGCGGCGGCGGCGAGGGACAAACGGUAAUUCUGAUGGAACCGGAAGCCAAGACAGAUGGCCAACGUAGCCCCAUAGACUAUGAACGCAACGAGGACUUUGAUGACGACGACGACUUGGACAAUCUUUCGAAUUUCGAUGAGAGCGACACGGCCAGUGUUCUCUCGGACACCGAGGACGGUUAUCGUGCGCAUGCCUACAAGCUAACGCAUUCCACAGAUCGCUUCACAUCGCCCCAAAGCACGCCCAGCUAUCUGUCUACGCAGUCUUCCGAGGAAGAUCUUAAAAAUCCCGAUUCUCUGCUAGUGCCCAGCCUGUUUCCCCACGUCCCGCCCUACCUGUCCUUCUCAUCGAACACGAAAAAGGGUCCCAGAGUGCCGCCAGAACUUCAUCGAGUGCUCAAGUGGCGCAUUACCAAUAUAAUGCCCAAGGUGGUACGCCUUAUACUGGCCAACAGUGGCAUGAGGAUGCUAAAGAAAACAAAUGACUGGAUGGGCGUGUGGGGCAAGCAUUUAAAGUCGCCGUGCUUCAAGACGAUUCGAUCGUAUCAGAAAAUCAAUCACUUGCCCGGUUCAUUUCGCAUCGGGCGAAAGGAUUCGUGCUGGAAAAAUCUCCAGCGGCAGAUGGGCAAGCAUAGCAACAGGGAGUUUGGCUUUAUGCCACGCACAUACAUUAUUCCCAAUGAUCUGGGUGCCCUUCGACGCCACUGGCCAAAGUAUGCCCAGCGCAACACCAAGUGGAUUAUAAAGCCACCGGCAAGCGCACGCGGAGCUGGCAUUCGGGUCAUUAAUCGAUGGGGACAGAUCCCUAAGCGUAGGCCACUUAUCGUCCAGAAGUAUAUAGAAAGGCCGCUUUUGAUAAAUGGCAGCAAGUUUGACCUGCGCCUGUAUGUGCUGGUGACCUCCGUAAAUCCCUUACGCGUGUUUAUGUACCACAAUGGAUUGGCACGAUUUGCUUCUGUUAAAUACAGUGCCAAAACAGACACUUUAAAUGAUCGUUGCAUGCACUUGACCAACUACAGCAUUAACAAGUUCUCCUCAAAUUAUUCAAAGAACGAAGAUGUCAAUGCCUGCCAUGGCCACAAGUGGACCAUAAAGUCGUUGUGGCAGUACUUGGCCAAUCGUGGUGUUCGCACAGAUUGCCUAUGGGAAGCCUUACGCAGCUUAGUCCUUCGCACGAUUCUCGCUGGCGAGAAUGGCAUUAAUAGCAUGAUCCGGGCAAAUGUGGAGUCCAAGUAUAGUUGCUUUGAGCUGUUUGGCUUUGAUGUGAUUUUAGACUCAGAUCUCGUUCCUUGGCUACUGGAAGUUAAUAUAUCACCGAGCUUACACUCGGAACUGCCACUAGAUGCUCAUGUCAAGGCGCCUUUGGUGCAAGGCGUUCUCAACACAGCAUUGUACAAUGUACCUCCAAAACUAUCUAUGGAUAAGCAAAAAGAACUGGCCGCCGAGUUCUCAUUUCCGCCUGGCACACAAAUGUGCUAUGACAAGCGACUUUAUAUUAAUUAUUUAUCGCGCGAAGAAAAAGUGAAGCACAAUACUUUCACCAGGAAGUCCAUGGAAGACAGGAAUGAGUAUGUCAAUGAGAUCCUGAAUAACCUAACGCCUGAUGACAUCCGGUGCUUGAUCAUUGCCGAGGAUGAACUGGCGCGUUGUGCGCCAUUGGAACGAAUUUUCCCAACUGAUCAAACCCAUAAGUACCUUAAAUACAAUGACAGUCCGAGGUAUUACAAUCGUCUGCUGGAUGCCUGGGAGUCGCGCUACGCUAACAAUCGUACCGAAGGCAUCGCGCUAUUGCGCGACUAUUGUCAGAACAAAUAUCAUCUUCAGGUCCCAACACCGCCAGCCAAAAAGGACUCGAACGCUGAAGAAAUCAACCCAACGAUGAAGCCAGAAACUGUUCAAAAUGAUAAAAACUCGUAGCACCAGCAAUUCCAAAUGAUUUUUAAUGGUGUCAAUCAUUAACAGACUUCAUACAACAUCAGGAAAAGCGUAUUUGGAAAACCAUCUUCGAUUUUUAAAUUGAAUUUUAGGGAUGGAUUUCAAAGGUCUUCCGUAUUUUCGGUACCUAAGAAAUUUAUAUGUAACUCUAGUGUAAUUAGAACAAAAAGUUAUACAGUGAAUUAUUAAAUUAUAUGUUAUUUGAAUGAA